UGGUUGCCUGAAGUUAUUUCUUGUGUGUCAGAACACAAAAACGAGGCACCAGAAUUUUUUUAGAGAGAGUGUGCAUGAGUGUGUUUAUAUGUUGAAAAUGGUGAGGCAUUGAAUCAAGUUGAGCUUUCUGUUGAAUGGUUUUUUCUCUUUUCUCUUUUGUAUUGACAUGAAGAGGAUCAUUUUCCAUGGACAGAACUUUCGGAUAAAUACAGAAGAGGACAACGCCAAUGUAUACAAACACUAACCUUCUUGCCAAAACAAACAACAGCACAAAAACAUUCUUCAAAAAUGGCUUCUUCUGCUUUUUUUCGCAAAAAAAUUUUUAUUUUUGUUUUCUAUCUUGUUGCUUCUUCACAAACCCCUGUUCAGUCAGUAGCUCUUCUGUCUGAUUCCGGUCACCGUACACCGGUGAACCAAACUUUCCGGCCUGGUAACGAGACUCAAAAGCUUAGGAGAACCACUGCCUAUCUGAAGAAAGUCAACAAGCCUGCAGUGAAGACAAUUCAGAGCCCCGACGGCGAUGUGAUAGAUUGUGUUUUAUCUCAUCUUCAACCAGCUUUUGACCAUCCGGAGCUAAAAGGACAGAAGCCAUUGGAUCCACCAGAAAGGCCAAAAGGCCAUGAGACGAUACAAACAGUGACUGAGACUGAGAUUCAGACCUUACAGCUAUGGACAGUUUCAGGUGAAUCAUGCCCAGAAGGAACUGUUCCCAUCAGAAGAACCACUGAGAAAGACUUAUUAAGAGCAAGUUCCAUUAGAAGAUUUGGAAGAAAAGUAAGACAUGUUAGGAGAGACUCAACUGGCAAUGGCCACGAGCAUGCAGUUGUAUUCGUAAAUGGGGAUCAAUAUUAUGGAGCGAAGGCCAGUUUAAAUGUGUGGUCGCCGCAGGUUGAUGAUGCUUAUGAAUUUAGCUUGUCACAAAUAUGGAUCAUCUCUGGUUCGUUUGGCAAUGAUCUCAACACCAUUGAAGCCGGUUGGCAGGUUAGCCCAGAAUUAUAUGGAGAUAACUAUCCUAGAUUCUUCACAUAUUGGACUACUGACGCAUACCGAGCCACUGGAUGCUACAAUCUACUCUGCUCAGGCUUUGUCCAAACCAACAACAAGAUUGCAAUAGGAGCAGCAAUAUCUCCAAGGUCCUCUUACAAUGGAAGACAAUUUGAUAUUGGCUUCAUGAUUUGGAAGGAUCCAAAGCAUGGACACUGGUGGCUAGAGUUCGGAUCAGGACUGUUAGUUGGAUAUUGGCCUUCAUUUUUGUUCAGUCAUUUAAGAAGCCAUGCGAGCAUGGUUCAAUUUGGAGGAGAAAUUGUGAACUCUAGAUCAUCUGGUUACCAUACAUCUACACAAAUGGGCAGUGGCCAUUUUGCAGAAGAAGGAUUUGGAAAAGCAUCUUAUUUCAGAAACCUGCAGGCUGUCGACUGGGAUAAUAAUUUGAUUCCCUUAACAAAUCUUCACCUCCUGGCUGACCAUCCAAAUUGUUAUGAUAUAAGACAAGGUAGAAGUAAUGUAUGGGGAACUUACUUUUAUUAUGGAGGUCCUGGUAGAAAUGUGAGAUGUCCAUGAAAGAAAAAUCAUAUAUAUAGGUAAAGAUAAGCUUUAUUUUUCUUCAUUUUUUUCUGGGUAUUUCUUCGCCUUAACAUUGUUUGGUUAGAUCUGCAAUUUCCCUUAAAGUAAAAAAGAAAGGAAGAAGGUUCUCUAACAGGAUGAUCAUCAUCCUCCCUCAUCCCUCAUUAUGAUUAUGUAAAUUUAAUAAUCAUAAAGAUUGUUCAUAGCAUUGGGUUGUGUGGAUA